GUAUGUAUCUGUAUGUACAACGGGUAAAGUAUUAAUAUUUUAAUGUAGUUGAGAAGUGAAAAUGAAAGCUAUACCGGGUAGGACGGGAAAGAGAGAGAGAAGAACCGGUGGUGGUGUUGUAAAAGAAGCAGAGGGAGCAAAAAAUGGUAAUGGAGAUGCGAGCCAACACCAUUACCAGUGCUAGUGUUAGAAAGGGAAACUUCUCUGUACUCUUCCUUUUUCUCCUUUUCAUUCUCAUUCUCUUCAUCCUUUAAAUAUUGAAUUUAAUCAGAUAAUACACUUUUUUGUUUUGUUUUACCUUUAUCUUUUCGACAUCAAGAUUUAAUUUUUUUCCUCUAAUGUUAUUCCAAUUCUAAACAUUUGAAAUAAGCCAAUAUCUUUCUUGUUUUUGGAUCAGAGUUCUGUGUUUUGGUUUUUAAUUGGUAAGGUACUUUUGGGGACUGAAUUGAAGAACUUUCUUGAUACUGUAUUUAUUGGCAGACUUCUUUGUUGACAAUCUUAAGUGGGUUUUUCUGGCAUUAACUGUUUGAUUAAGGAAAGUUAAACUGAUCCGGGUUUUCUGUAGUUUUGAUUCUAAGCUCUGGAUCUUUUUCUUUUUUUGAUGAAAGUGUCAAUCUUGGAUUCUAAUCUUCAUAAUUCUGAGAUUGGUUGAACUGGAAUUUCAGGGGUUUGAGAGUUUUUUGGAAUUUCCCUGAGGUAUCUGUUGGUGUUGUGCUGCUGUAGUUCUGAUUUUAAAUGUUUUUGUGAUUAUAGCUAUUUUGAGUGUACAUAUAGUUAAAUUUUAUGCGAAUUUGAUGAGAGCAAGUUCCCCCUUCGUGAUAUUUUGUGCUUCCUUAGGAGGAAAUUACCUUGUGAGUCUCACAAAUUUUUCAGGAAAAGAAAAUUACCAUAGAUAAAUCAACUUGCAAAAGGAAAAAGGAUUUUAAAAAAAAUAAAAAAAACCCACCAUUUUUAUUGUGGGUUUAAUAGUUUUGGCGUUGCUCAGAUAAAAUUUAUCCUUCUUCCAAACAAAUUGAUAUACUAGAUGUGUUGUUGAGUCUAGAUUAGGAGAUAAACGGAAUUGUAGAGUAUUUUAGGUGCCGGGCUAUUGCUGGUCUAUGGGAAUACCUUAUAAUUUGAUAUUGGAUUUGAUUGAGAAGGCUAAAUCUUGGAUUUCUUGGGGAAAGAUUGGUCUAAAUUCCAUAUCCGGUGAACUUCAGAUGACUGGUAAAAGUUGCAAAAUUUGUUACCAGUGUGAUAGCAAUUUAUCAGAAUUUUCCCUCAAGUACCAGUGUCGAAGUUGCGGAAGGGUAUUGUGUGGGAACUGUGUGCACGAACUUGCAUCUGGACAUUUGAAAGAAACAAAGGAGGCAGUGUUUGACAUCAAGUUUUGCAAGUUUUGUUUUGAACUUGGUCCCUGGAGCAACUGCGCAAGUAUGUAUAGUGGUAAGGUUUAUCCUUCUGAAUCUCCAAGACAAAGCCCAGAAUCACCAUCACCAAGUUUUAGUGGUGAGAGAUUUGAUGAUCUUUCCGCCUGCGCACUGGCUAAAAAUAUGGACACAUCAUUUUUGAAUCAUCCAUCUCCGGUGUCUGAUCCACGUUCACCAAGCAGGUAUGUGCCAGGGAGUGACGAAGAUGAGGGCGAUGACUCCACAAGUUGCUUUCUCAGCACAUCAAGUGAAUACUUACAUUACAAUUCUGAUGUAGAUUUAAGUAGUGUUAGUGCUAGGCAUGGAAAUUAUAGUUUUUUAUCUGUUGGAUCAAGCCCUUCAGACAGCCCCUCUAGGAUCCAUAUUACAUCCAAUGGGGGUGGGCAUCAUGUACAGCAAGAGCAAGGUGGAACAGCUAGAUCUCAGAAUGAUGGUCCCUAUGAUCAAGAGUCUAUGGCUGUUUUAAAAGGGACAGGGGAUCCCGAAAAUGUCCAUCAUUUGUCUAUAGUCCAGAAUAAAUGUGAAAAGCCACUGGAUUUUGAAACCAAUAGUCUCAUUUGGUUACCUCCACCACCAGAUGACGUAUCUAGUGAGGCAGAAAAUAAUUUCUUUACUUAUGAAGAUGAGGAUGAUGAAGUUGGGGAGUUAGGUGCUAUGUUUUCCACUACAGAUAGUCUGGAUAGCAUGUUUUUGACCAAGAAAAAGCUAAAUCAUGUUCACAAAGAGCCCCUGAAAGCUGCUGUGCAGGGGUAUUUUAGGUCUCUUGUAGUGCAGCUGUUGCACGCGCAUGGUAUAUUGGCUUCCAAAGAGAACUAUGCUGAGGACUGGCUUGAUGUAAUUAUGGAAAUAGCAUGGCAAGCUGCGAACUUUGUGAAACCAGAUACUAGUAGAGGAGGCAGCAUGGAUCCCUGUGACUAUGUUAAGGUUAAAUGCGUAGCAUCAGGAAGUCCUAGAGAGAGCAUGUUUAUUAAAGGGGUAGUUUGUUCCAAGAACAUAAAACACAAGCGCAUGACAUCACAAUACAAGAACCCUAGACUACUACUCUUAGGAGGAGCUCUUGAGUACCAAAGAGUUCCCAAUCAGCUUGCAUCUUUUGAUACAUUACUGCAACAGGAAAAUGAUCAUCUGAAGAUGAUUGUUUCAAAGAUAGAGGCCCAUCGUCCAAAUGUGCUGCUUGUGGAGAAAAGUGUGUCUUCAUUUGCUCAAGAACAUCUGCUAGCAAAGGAGAUCUCGUUAGUUUUAAAUGUUAAAAGACCUCUGCUGGAGUGGAUAGCAAGAUGUACUGGUGCUACUUUAACUCCGUCAAUUGAUCAUUUAUCCACGACACGGUUGGGCAACUGCGAACUUUUCCAUUUGGAGAAAGUUUCAGAAGGCCAUGAGCCGCUGAAUCAGUUCAACAAAAAACCCUGUAAAACCUUAAUGUUUUUUGAGGGAUGUCCCAGGCGGUUAGGUUGCACGGUUGUACUGAAGGGAUCAUGUCGUGAAGAACUUAAGAAGGUGAAAAGUGUAGUACAGUAUGCUGUCUUUGCGGCAUAUCAUUUAUCACUUGAGACCUCUUUUCUUGCUGAUGAGGGUGCUAGUCUUCCUAAAAUGGCAGUAAAACCUUCAUCCUCAAUGUCAGAGCGGAUGAGUCCUAAUAAUUCUCUCUCUGUGAUCCCUAUUUCUACUGUUCCCUCCAGUUGCCCUGAAGAACUUGAUGCCUCUAGCAUCGAUGUAGGACCUGCAGAAUUCCAUUUGGAGCUUGGGCUACACGAGUCGCUGUCUGAACUUGGUCAUGCUAGUUCUGAUGAUGCCUGUUUGACCGAUGAGUACAGAUUUGUAAAUGCACUCUCUGAUGCAUGCGAUGAUAAUUUGGCUGGCUUUGGAAAUUAUGCACGGGCAGGAUUGAUAGGUCAAGAAGAGGGCCCAUCAGGUGAAGUUUCUGAACUUGCUGCACUUCAGAGGGUUGAUGAGAUUGAAGACUCAAGUGAAUAUUGUUCAUCUAAUGAUGGUCUCCAGAGCAUAUUAGUUUCUUUUUCCAGUCGUCGUGUGCUAAAUGGAACUGUAUGUGAACGUUCUCGACUCCUGCGUAUCAAAUUCUAUGGUCCAUCUGAUAAACCAUUGGGGAGGUAUCUGCAGGAUGAUCUAUUUGAUCAGUCAUCUUGCUGUAGAUCAUGCAAGCAGCCAGCUGAAGCCCAUGUUAUGUGCUAUACACAUCCGCAUGGGAAUCUUACAGUAAACGUCAGACACGUCCCCUUGGUGAAUCUUCCUGGGGAGCAAGAUGGAAAGAUAUGGAUGUGGCACAGAUGCCUCAGGUGUGCACAUAGUGAUGGAGUUCCGCCAGCCACUCAAAAGGUGGUGAUGUCUAACGCUGCCUGGGGACUUUCUUUUGGAAAGUUUCUCGAGCUUAGUUUUUCAAACCAUGCAACUGCUAACCGUGUUGCAAGCUGUGGUCACUCUCUGCAACGGGACUGCCUCAGGUUUUAUGGGUUUGGGAGUAUUGUUGCUUUUUUCCAAUAUUCUCCUAUUGAUAUUCUCUCUGUGUAUUUGCCGCCAUCAAUUCUCAAAUUCAAUGGCCAUGGUGAACAGACCUGGGUACGAAAAGAAGCAUCUGAGCUUUUGUGCAAAGCCGAAGCCUUGUAUGCAGAGAUAUCAGUUGUUCUUCAUCAAAUUGAACAGAAAAGCACAUCUUUGACAAAUGAAUUCUCCAAGGCGAUUGAGUUGCAUUGUCACAUAUUGGCGUUAAAGAACAUGCUGGCAACAGAGUUGAAUCAUUACAAAGAUUCGCUUCUAUUAGUUGAUGAAGAGAUUUCAGACCUAGGUCAUGUAACUGGUGACAUUCUUGAAGUUAAUCGAUUGAGACAUUCGCUUCUGAUGGCUUUACAUUUUUGGGAUCGCCGGCUAUAUCUAUUGGACUCUCUUCUUAAUAGGAGCUCCAGUCCCAAUCCUCUGAAUGAUGAUGCAGCUCAUAGUUGCUUGAAAGAAUAUGAUGCAUAUUUGGCAGAUAGUAGUAUUGAGUUUGGUCGUGAAGAUAAUGUCCUUGAGUAUUUAAAAUUAGAUGAAUGCCCAAAAAAGGCUGUAUUGUCCGAAGACGAGCCCAAUUUUUUGCUAUUGGAGUCUAGUUUGCUGGAAAACUCCAUAUCAAGCAAAUUCAAGCAGAAUGCAGAGGACAAAAUGCAAGCAGACGAGGAAAAUGCUGUCAACAAUGCAUCAUUAGAACGCCUCCAAUCAGCUGGGUCCAUUCUUUCAGAUAAAAUAGAUUCUGCAUGGACAGGGACAGAUCAGCCUCCAAUAAAAGCACCGUUGCCUGAAGCACUUAAAACUGACGAACCUGUAUCCACGGUAUCCGAGCUGAUAAAUCGAAAAGAAAAUCCAUCUUUUAAAAGACUGAUGUCACCUGCCAGAGUAUACUCCUUCGAUUCUGCUCAGAGACUUAAAGAAAGAAUCAGUAAAGGACUUCCUCCUUCUACAUUGCAUUUGUCUAAUCUCAGAUCUUUCCAUGCUUCUGGAGAUUAUAGAUGUAUGGUCAGAGAUCCUGUUCCAAAUGUACAAAGGACAUAUUCUCACGAAGCCAAUUUAAAUCUUUCAAAGGAUCUAUCACCCUCUUUUAUCUCUUCUAUUUCUCUUUUGCCUGAAGGAGCAAGAUUGAUGAUCCCACAAAAUGUUCAAAAUGAAGUUGUUAUUGUUGUUUAUGAUAAUGAGCCCACAAGCAUAAUAUCGUAUGUUCUUAGCUGCAAGGAGUAUGAAGAAUGGGUUGCUGAUAAGCCAAAUAGGCUUGAAGGAGGAUCAAAUAUAAGUCGAACCAAAAGGGUGAAUGCUUUAGCUUCUGACCUUUCUACAUGGCACUCAUUUGGUUCGCUGGACUUGGAUUACAUAAACUAUGGAAGUUAUGCCUCCGGAGAUGCUUUGAAGACUGAGAGUUCUCAAUCCACAGACUCCAAGAGUUCUCCUCAUCUAAGAAUUUCUUUCGAAGACGAGUUUUCAAGCGCUGGUGGAAAGUUGAAGUUUUCUGUUGUAUGUUACUUCGCAAAACAGUUCGAUUCUCUUUGCAAGAGAUGUUGUCCCAACAAAGUGGAUUUUGUACGUUCCUUAAGCCGCUGCAGGAGAUGGAGUGCUCAGGGGGGAAAGAGUAAUGUUUAUUUUGCAAAGUCAUUUGAUGAACGAUUCAUAAUCAAACAAGUAACAAAGACUGAGUUGGAAUCCUUUGAAACAUUUGCACCUCAGUAUUUUAAAUAUUUAAUGGAUUCUCUCAGAUCUGGAAGUCCAACUUGCCUAGCCAAAGUUCUUGGUAUUUAUCAGGUCAUUGUCAAAUAUCCAAAAAGCGGCAAGGAAACAAAAAUGGAUUUGAUGGUGAUGGAGAAUCUCUUCUUUAAAAGAAGUAUCUCAAGGGUGUAUGAUCUCAAGGGCUCUGCACGAUCUCGUUAUAAUUCAGAUACAACGGGAACAAAUAAAGUAUUAUUAGAUAUGAAUCUUUUAGAAGCACUGCGUACAAAACCUAUAUUCCUUGGAAGCAAAGCAAAACGGAGCCUGGAAAGAGCCAUUUGGAAUGAUACAUACUUUUUAGCGUCUGUUGAUGUGAUGGACUACUCUCUGUUGGUUGGGGUGGACGAAGAGCGCAAGGAGCUGGUUAUAGGGAUAAUCGAUUUCAUGAGACAAUAUACUUGGGACAAGCAGUUGGAGACAUGGGUAAAGGCAUCUGGCCUACUCGGUGGACCAAAGCACGAGUCUCCAACCAUUAUAUCGCCAAAACAAUACAAGAGAAGAUUCAGAAAAGCAAUGACAACCUACUUUCUUACAGUCCCAGAUCAAUGGUCAUCGUAAGCAUUAAAGUUUCUUCAUUUCACGCACCUCCUAGGUAAAUUUGUCUAUGGUAUGGCUGGUUUAGUUUGGAACCCUUUGGUCGAGGCACUGCUUCUGAUUCCUUUGUAGAGCAUCAGUUAAUAAUGGUCAAAAUAGAGAGAAUUAAUUGCACAAAAUUGGAGAGAGUAAAUUCUGCAUUCUAGUUUUUCGAUUUUGGUUUUUUCCGUUUGUGGAGGCCUUCAGCCCCUAGAAGAAACCACACAAAUGCAGGUGGGAGAAACUCUAUUACAGACCAUCGUACUUGUAAAUUUUUGUAAAUAUGUACAAUUUUUAUUGACAAAUACGUUGAAUUUGUUAUUUAUUGGCUUCUGUUGAACCUAUCUAUACAACGUUUUGCAGCAUGUUAGCAGAA